AUGCCUCCUUUAUCUGCAAGUCAAAAUACAAAACAUCUUUGCAAAAACAGCGAUCCCACCAAAGCACUUUGUGAUUACUAUGAAAAACAAAUAAAAGUUUUUUCCCGAACCAUAAAUAAACUGCGCUCACAAAAAAUAAUCAUUCAAAAAGAAAGUCAACAUAAUUUUAAAAUUAUUUUAGCGGAAAGCGAUCAUGAACUUAAAAUUAGAAUAUUAGAUGAUGAAAGUGAAUAUAACUUGCAGAUUCGAGAUUUAAAUAAUGAACUUGGUGUGUUAAAAGACAACUAUGCUGAUUUAGAGAAACUGUAUAAAGACUUACAAAAAAGAAAAGAUCAAGAUAUGGAAACUUUACAACUAUACCUAGCGAAUUUAGAAAAAAAAUUGAGGAGAAAAAG